AUGGCUGAUCCGGCUUCUGACGGCUGGCCUGCGGGCAAGGUCUUCGAGGCAGCACCACAAGGGUUUACCUAUGACGACCUGAUCUUCAUGCCCCAGCCGACAUCCUUCCAAGCCUCCGAUGUUGACCUGUCCGGGCACAUCACCAAGAACAUCAGGCUGAAGUCGCCAAUCAUCGGCAGUCCGUCAGACACGGUCACAGAAGCCAAUAUGGCCAUCGCGCUGGCGCUCUCUGGAGCCAUGGGCAUAAUACACGCCAAUCAGGACAUUGACCGCCAAGUUUCUAUGGUGCAAGCCGUGAAACGAUUUGUUAGCGGAUUUGUGUUGGAGCCCGUGGUCAUGCGCCCGACUCAUUCCCUCGCAGACUUAGACAAGUUGAAGGCAGCCACUGGAAUUACAACGGUACCAGUCACAGAUACCGGUGGACUAGGUGGCGAACUUCUUGGCAUCGUUACAGCCCGUGACGCAGAUCUUUGUGCGGAUCGUCGCGAGUAUUUGUCACGAGUGAUGACUGAAAAGGUUAUCACGGCAAGAGAGCCCUUGUCCUUCGAAGAAGCGCUCGACACAUUGAAGCGAGCCAAGGUUGGAAAGCUGCUCAUCCUGAAUUCAGAAGAUCAGCUGGUGUCCAUGGUCACGCGAAGUGACCUGAAAAAGGUCAGGGACUUUCCAGACAUGUCCCGGGACUUGAGCGGCAAGCUUCUGGUCGGUGCUGCUGUGCCGGCAUUGCCGGAUGGCUCGCAGGAUUGGCCUCGGGCAAGUGCCUUGGCAGAGGCCGGCGCAAACGUGCUUUAUCUCUUUGGCGAUGGUGUAGAUGAGCAACUCUCACUGAUCAAGCGCCUGAAGGCUGACUACCCUUCCGUUGACAUCUUGGCGGGGCCAGCAACAUCAGUCCGCGAAGCCAGGCGGUUGGUUGAGGCAGGAGCUGAUGGAAUUGUGGCAGGCUCUGGCAACGAUGCAGGAGCUGACCCAAUCUCGGCUCCAAUUGCAGUUGCGGUUGGUCGAGGUGAAGCCACCAUGGUGUAUGAGGUCGCGUAUUAUGUGACGCGCAAUUACAAGCUUCCUGUUGCAGCUGCCGGCGUGCGCAGCGCAUCACAGGCACUGGUGGCAAUGGGCCUAGGUGCCUCUGCGGUCAUGCUGAGAGAGCCACUGGCGGGCAUGGAUGAAGCGCCUGGUGGUAAACAGGCAGGGGCUAACGAGAUGACAGUAGUGCGCUUGCAACCUCCUGUCUCAACAGCACCUGAUCAUGUGGCGAGAUGUUCGAAGGAGAGCUUCUUCUGA